AUGGCUGGCCCCGGGGGGCCCCCCUGCUUCUGGUCCCCGGCCAUUGGGGUCCUCCCUGACGUGGGGGGCGGCCGAGGGGCUGGAGUUGUGGCCAAAGAAUUCAUAAAGGCCGGCAAACUACUCGCUCGCCAGAGUGGUCCAUUGGUCUGCCAGGGCCUUUUUGCUGCUGCUGCUGCAGCAGACGGGCGCGGUGCUGCAGCAGCUAAACGCUGCAGCGCAUGCAAGGCCGUCACUUACUGCAGCACGGAGUGCCAGCGGGCCGCCUGGGGCCGCCACAAGGCCGAGUGCCCCAUCUUCAGCCAUAUAAGGAAGGCAUCAGGAGGCAGGGGCCCCAACCUAACGCAGCGCUUGGCGGUACGGUUUCUUCUUGGUGGCCAUUCGACUGCAGAGUUUACUGCGGGCCACGCAGCAGCAGCAGCAGCAGCAGGGGCUGUCAGCAGCAGCAGCGAUGCCCUUUCGGCCUACCUGAGUGCUCGCGCUGCAGCUGCUGCGCUGCUGCAGCAGCUGCUGCUCUCCCUCGAGACAGCCCACGGAGGCCUGCAGGCCCUCGGGCUGAAUUCGCUGCCUCCAGCAGAAGAGCUUGAGAAGCUGCUGAGUUGUCUCUCAGCCAACGUCUUCUCUAUAACUCACCGGGAGGACUACGGGGGCCCCCGGGGGGCCCCUGGGGCCCCGGGGGCCCCCGGGGGCCCUCAGGGGCCCCCUUUUGGGGUCUGCCCGUGCUGCGAGCCCGGGAGAGAAGUUGCAGUUGGGCUGUAUGGACAGCCGCUGUGUCGAUUUAACCAUUCUUGUCUUCCAAAUGCUGCAGUUGUUUUUGGGGGCCCCCGGGGGCCCCUGGAGAUGGCCAUUUAUGCUUCUCGUUCUAUUGCUAGUGGUGAAGAGAUUUGCAUUUCUUACGUUUCUGCUGCUGCUCCGCGGGAGGAGAGGCGCCGGCGGCUGCUGCUGGCCUACGGCUUCAACUGCACGUGUGCCCUUUGCUGCAGCUGCAGCAGCGAGCCAGCGGCAGGCAGCAGCAGCAGCAGCAGCAGCAGCGGUCGCAGCGUCUGCAGCAGCACCAACACGUGCUGCGGCGCCCCCGCAUCCGGCCCCAGUGCCAGCAUCAACAGCAGCAACAGCAGCAGCACCACCAACAGCACCGCCGGCACCGCCAGCCCUAGCAGCCUCAGCAGCAGCAGCAGCAGCAGCAGUGGUCUGCCGGUUUCAUUCUCUCCCGCUGAGGCUUUUGACCUGCAGCUCUCUGCUGUCUUCUGCCCCAAAGCUUCUUGUGUUGCCUUGCGCAACUCACCAGAAGCAGAUGUAUUGCUUCAUUUAGAAAGAAACAGCCAGCGGUUUCUAGAAGGGGGCCCCCCUGGGGGGGCCCCCCAUGCAGCGGGGCCCCCCUUCGGGGUGGGGGCCCCCCCUGGAGGGGGGCCCCCUCCUAAGAGAGCCCCCUCCUUGAAAGACCCGCGGUCCCUAGAAGCAGCAGCAAGGCAAUGGAAGCUGCGGCUGCCGGUCUGCUGCAUGCACAGGCCUGAGGCCAACUGCUGGGAGCCCCUGCGACUUUGCGCAGCAGAGCCAAGGUGGCCCCCAGGGGGCCCCCAGGCAGACUCCUCUGAAGAACCCAGUUUUCUUAUCCUGCCUCAGAUCCAGCGGUUGGGGGUCCCUGGAGAGAGGGUUCCCUCGGGGGCCCCCCAGGGGGCCCCCCUGGGGGGCCCCCCAGGGGUCCCCCUAGGGGCCCCGGGGCCUGCGCUUCGCUGCUGCAUGUGCGAAGGCACUCUUGCUGCGGGAGAGGUAAUGGGCCUCGCAGCGGUGAUGGGGAAGCUGAGGAAAGCUGUUGAUCGUUUUUGUUGCAUCUGCUGCACUAUAGAUGCAGCAGCAGCAGCAGAGGAAGGAGCUGCGGUUCUGAAGCUGUUUGCUGCUGCUCGGGUGUACGUACACCCCGGGAACCUGCAGCUCAACGCCAUUGCAGAGGACAUACACCGCGCCUGCAAAGGUCUCGUGGCUGUUUACAACGGGCUGGGGCUGGCAGCAGCGCAGCAGCUUUCUCGUGCUGCUGCUGCGCUGCACGGCCGCUUCAACUCCCAGCGCGCUGAGCUGCUGCUGACGGAAGGCUCUUUGCUGCUCUUCCUUGCCCAAUCCGACACUGAGGCGGAGGCGAGGAAGGCUUGGCAGCUGUGUGUGGAGGCCGACGGUGCGGCGGAAACAGCGCCCGCAGCAGCAGCAGCAGCAGCAGCAGCAGCGGGGGCGCUGGAGGAGGAAACAGGCUCGGAAGCAAGAGCCAAGCUGGCUCUCCAGGCCCGGGAAUGUCUGCUGCAGGCCUGCAGCAUCUUCUUCUCUUUCGAAGGCAGCAGCGCCGAAAGGAAAAAGGGGCGGCUGGCAGAAGAAAGACUGGCAGAUUGCGAAAGGGAAUUGGCCGCUCUCGGCUACGACCCUUAG